AUGGCCCUCUGCUACCCCAUGGCUGAGGGCCUCAACAAGGGCCACAAGCCGCAGCGCGGGCCGAGGCUGCUGGAACGGCCGGACCCGGGCAGCCAGGAGGUGAGCGUGGGAAAGCGCGGAGGGCGACCGGGCCAGGAGACGGCUGGCGGCGCGCACAGCGGCUCUUUCCACCCUCUUUCUGUGCUGCAUAAUGAUGUGCAUGUCCCGGCUGAUCCUCUCAAGACCAACAAUGCCGAAAACAGAGGCAAACGCCUGGUCCUCCUUAGGCCAUGCUCCAAAGUCCCCGGCCCUGUUAUCCAGUUUCUAACUGUGAUGAUGAAGUGUGGUUACAUUGGUGAAUUUGAAAUCAUUGGUGAUCACAGGGCUGGGAAAAUUGUUGUAAACCUCACAGGCAGGUUAAACAAGCGUGGUAUGAUCAGCCCCCGGUUUGAUGUACAGCUGAAAGACCUGGAAAAACGGCAGAAUAACCUGCUCUCAUCUCGUCAGCUUGGUUUCAUUGUGCUGACAACCUUAGUGGGCAUCAUGGAUCAUGAAGAAGCGCGACGAAAACACACAGGAGAAAAAGUCCUGGGAUUCUUUUUCUAA